AUGACCAUCCACAACCUGUACAUAUUCGACAGGAACGGCAUCUGCCUGCACUACAGCGAGUGGAACAGGAGGAAACAGGCCGGCAUCUCCAAAGAUGAGGAGUGUAAGCUCAUGUACGGCAUGCUCUUCUCCAUUCGAUCCUUUGUCAGCAAGAUGAGCCCAGUGGACAUGAAAGAUGGCUUCCUCUGUUUCCAAACCAGCAAGUACAAACUGCAUUACUACGAGACGCCCAGCGGCCUGAAGAUGAUCAUGAACACAGACCUGAGUGUGGGGAGCACACGGGAAAUCCUGCAUCAGAUCUACAGUACGAUAUAUGUAGAAUAUGUGGUGAAGAAUUCCCUCUGUUCCCUCAGUGAGCCGAUCCAAAGUGAUCUGUUUAAAACCAAACUGGACAGUUUCAUCCGCAGUCUCCCCUUCUUCUCUGCCCGGGCCGGAUAAACACAACGUCCCCAGCACAGCGCCCCCUACUGCCCAUUCUUCAUUACACUCCUCACUGUCAUCCAGUUCCAUGUUUUGGCGGAAUCUGACAAAUGAGCUGUGGCUCCAGAAGUUGUCGCUGGAGGGUGUUUAGUGAAUACCUGUGCUACACGGGUCUGUCUGUGAUCCCUGUGUGUCUGUCUGAUACUUCCUGCAAUUGGACACCAACACUAUUCAUCUCUGAAUUCUCGUUGUUCUGUUCUUUCACUCCAGUUUGGUACUGGGAGCAAAAGAGUUAAUACAAAUGUUACAAGAUUGACUAAUAGAAUAAAAUGCCCAAGUGGACUCUUCA